GCAACACUUGUGUUUGUCAUUUGACAUUUACAUUUUUCCGUUUCUCCGUUAGCGUCGUGGUUUGUAAUCUUUUCAUUAAAUUUCGUAAUUUUGUACAAUUUACUGGAAUUUUCAAAUCAAAAUGAGUGUGUGGCCCGAAGUUGCGACCGCAAAAUCGGAGAAUAGACACGAAAUAAAGUUGUCUGGAGCAUCUAUAUCGAAACGCAUAUCAGAAACGGGUUUGGAUGGCUCUGUAUUCCAACUUACCGGAUUAAAUCUGUUGAAUAUCAGCGAAACUUGUCUAACGAACAUCCCAGAUGAUAUAAAGAGGCUGGUAAACCUGCAGUCGCUGCUUUUGUUCGGGAACAAAAUAGAACAGUUCAAUGAAAACAUAACCUCACUGCCGAAACUAAAGGUGCUCGAUUUGUCACGCAACCAACUCACAUCUAUCCCAGACAGCUUAAAUAAAAUGAAAGAAUUAGCGAGCAUAAAUUUCAGUUCCAAUCAGAUUGAGACAAUGCCUAAAUUUAAUGAUUUUCCCAACUUGAUCACACUCGAUGUUUCCAACAACAAAUUAACUAGUUUUGUGGAUGUUGAGAAUGCCAAUUUACCACAUUUGACUGAUCUAAAAAUGAAAGGGAACUUGAUAGAGUCAAUUCCGAGUCAUGUGGCCAAGAGCAUGCCGUCUUUGAAAAAUUUUGAUAUUGGUGACAAUCAGCUAAAAACACUACCUGGAGAGGUUGCCAGCAUGACAAAAUUAAAAGAGUUUAACCUAAAAGGUAACAAACUGGCAGAUAAAAGGCUCAUGAAGCUAGUAGACCAGUGCCGCACUAAACAGAUAUUAGAUUACAUCAGGGAACACUGCCCCAAAUCUGACCAGACACAGUCCACUGCCACCAAAGGUAAAGGCAAGAAAGGGAAGAAACAAGAGGAACUUGAAGCAGAUGAUAAAAUUUGUGAUAUGUGCCAUUCUAUGAAGAUUUUACAUGUAGAAGACGAUAUUCUGAAAGUGAAAAUUGACGAAAGCCAAGUUGGAUCUGUCCGUCCGUACAUAUUGUGCUGCAUAAUCAACGAUAUGAAGUUCACUGAAGCUUCUUUCAAGAAGUUUAUCCAGCUGCAGACAAAGUUGCACGACACCGUCUGCGAUAAGAGAAAUGUAGGGACAAUUGCUACACACGAUUUGAACAAGAUUCCUCCAGGAGACCUCACAUACACGGCUAAGGCACCAUCUGAGCUGAAGUUGACACCUUUGUUGCGGCUGAAGCCCUGUACUGGGGAACAGCUUUUCCAGCAGCUUACUGCUGAGGCCGAGGCCCUCCGGAAGGAGAAGAAGCGGAAUGUUUACUCUGGAAUAUACAAAUACCUGUACCUGUUGGAAGGCAAACCUAAGUACCCAUGUCUUGAAGACGCAACUGGUAGAGUUAUUAGCUUCCCGCCUAUCACCAAUGCAGAAGAUACCAAGAUGUCGCACCAAAGCCAGUCGAUGUUAGUGGAAGUGACGUCACAAGCGUCUCUGGGCGCCUGCCGGACCAUCAUGAACAAGAUGCUACAAGAGUGCCUGCUGCUCGGACUGUCCGACCAGCCCGACGGGUUCCACUCGCUCACCAUUCAACAGGUGAAAGUGGUAGACUUAGAAGGCAACCUGAAGAGCGUGUUCCCGUCCCGGACAGACUGCUUGUACGAAGGAAGCAACAUCAAAGUGAUACGGUUACCCAAGAAGUAAACAACUGCUUUGUGCCACGUUACGCCGAAGAUCUUCGGUGACUGUAUGAGCCUUGAAUGACAUAGCAGCUUAAGUCGGCUUGGUUCUCAUAAUUUAGCUCUUAUUGAAUUUUUCUUAAUUUACUUAUGAAGUAACAUAGAGAGGUGCUUCGUGACUUCUAUGACGCUCGAGUUGAGCGUCGUUUAUGAUUUAAGAUAAAUCGUGAAUUCUAAAUUAGGGACAUGUAGAUCAUCUUAUAAUAAAGUGACUAAUUUCGAAAAGUAAUUUUUGGGAAACUGACCAAAUGUACUCAUGGACAUAGAAGUCGUUAGAAAUUUCAUGCAGUCGAUAUCUACUUGAUCGUCGGCGCGCGUGACAUUUGAUACCUCUCACUUUUCUAAUCCGUUGGUACCUUUUUUAUUGUUUACAUUAUGGGCGGCAAUAAGACUCGUAUAAUAUAAACACUUGAAAACUCAAGAACCUAUUAAGCUACCGUAAAAAUAAUAACAUAGGCGAUAAGAGCACUUAAGUAGCUUUUGUUUAGACUACAGUUAUGAUUGUAAUACGACAACUUUAUUUGUUAAUUUCUGAGUACACUGAACACUUCUGAGAAAUUUUCAUAGUUUUUUACGCUUUAACCUCUAACUACCUUGUACAUUCACUGUAUUAAGAAACAAAACAUAUAUAAAGAUGACAAGCAUUUAAAUACCUAUCGAUUAACACUAGAAUCAUACGAAUACA